CAUUCACGCCUCCCGCGUCCGUUCUAUGGCCUGUGCCUCUGCCCCGUAUACGCACACGCGGCACACAGUUCCCCGGGACUUUAGCACACCGACACCUUCGCGGGAGGUGUGGGGGUGAGCCCCAGAGGAGGUGUCAAUCCUGGCGCUGCUCAGUGACCAUCGCGGCGCCACCCAAGUAACACCCUCGCCUCUUAUGAUCCCGCGUAAAAGUUUCUUCGCGAGUACUAGCGUGCGGGAAGAGAGCUUCAAAAUCGCCGGCCGUCGGAUCGCGUGCAUUCUGAAAUUUUAAAUCCAGUGGUGUGACACGCGAGUUUUUGUCCAAAAUCGUGGAUACCGCGAAAAAUCGACUAUCUCUAUACUGAAGUGACAACUCGACGAUGGUAGAGUGAAAUAGUGCCGUGUUUACAAAAAGAAGCUGUGACUGAAUAGAAGCCACAGCAUCAGUGAUGAGACGUUGAUCGUCAAGUUUGUGAGGUGAAGAUCAAGAGUCCUUGGACUCGAGUGUAACAAUUUGCGCGAGUGCCGCUUGCAGUGAUAAUCAAGAUAAGUGAUCGUUUGCCUCCUUAGGGACGGAAGAUGUCGAGGUGGGUCCUUAGCACCCUGACACAACUAGGGAAUAAAGCACUUCGAAGGUUUCACCAGGUUGAAAGGAAGAUCUCCAAACGAGAACGCCCCAGGAAAAGGAACCUCGACUCAUGAUUCUGAACUCUAGAUGUUCUCAAAUUCAACCAUCGUCCGGUGUGGUGUUUCGUCAUGAGGAGUAAUUACUGCUGCUCUAUUUUGCACGGAAAGGAGUCUUGAGAUAUCCAAAAGGUCUUGAAAUAAUGUGAUUCCGACGGAUACUGGUGCUCUACUUAGAAAAUAUAGGUUCAGUGAAGAUAGGGCAUUUGAGGAGAGGAGUAGAAUCGGCUAGUUUUUGAGUCACUCGAAGAGGAAUCUCGCGCGACUCAGAACACUCGGCCAUCUCGAUGAGAUUCGAACAAGACACGGCGUGCAGGGGUACCCACUGCGCCAGCACUCCGCUUCCUGCACUGCAGCAGCAUCAUCAUCAUCAUCGUCUUGGGUCUCGUCUCGAGGAGGAGACCUCCGCGAAGGAGCUCGAGGCUUUUGCAAAGAGAAGAGAAUUAGUUGAGGUUAACGUGGUUGAAGGUGCCAAGACGGUGCUCAGGGGGGAGGCGGGGGGGCCUGGGAUGGCGUACCCCGCACCAGCGGCGGCUCUGAAUCGGCACUCGCCAUUUUCCUCCUCCUCCUCCGCUGCCUCGAUCGCGACAUCCGGUCAAGGUAACCCCAACGGCCACCUGAGUGUCACGAGUGCUCAUCUUCCAGCACCAGCGGCUCCUAGACCAACGGACUUUAGUGUUUCUACCCUUUUAACUGCAGCCAGCACCCAUCCGCCGCUGCUUGGUGGAUCUUCCUCCCAAGGAAGCAUCUCGCCACCACCCGGCGGACCCGGAAGUCCCGCAGCGGCGCCGGAAACUCCGCCACCCUUACCAAGUCAACGAGAACUUUCGCAUAAUUCUUCCGCGGUUGCCGCGGCUAAUUAUUUUGGUGCUUUGGCCGCCGCCGGGUUUUAUAACCACAGUGCCCAUCUGCCACCAGUGAGCUCGCCGAGUGCUCAUCAUCUUCAGAGCAAGGCCAUCCUCGCAGGAGCUCACCAUCAUCCGCAGUUUAAUCCGCAAGCUCUGGGACAUCCAGGUAAACUUUUCCGAGGACUGGGACUCGGACCCCAAAGUUCAGAAGAGGCUCAUGCUGCAGUCUUAGCCGCUGCUGCCGCUGCAUUACAUCACCAUCACCAAGGUGCAUCCGGUGGCCCCACGAUGAGGCCCCUCAGACACCCUCUGCCUCCUGGCAUGUUACAUUCGGCCCCUCAUCCACUUGGCCCCCAUCAUUUGACUGGCCCCCAUCAUCCCCUAGUCCCUCCUCACCCAGAGGAGGAUGGAGUCGUCGAUGACCCCAAAGUCACCUUAGAAGGCAAGGAGUUGUGGGAAAAGUUCCACAAACUCGGAACUGAAAUGGUCAUCACGAAAAGCGGCCGGCAGAUGUUUCCUCAGAUGAAGUUCCGAGUUUCCGGUUUGGAUGCCAAAGCGAAAUACAUCCUUUUGCUAGACAUCGUGGCUGCUGAUGACUACAGAUACAAAUUCCACAACAGUAGGUGGAUGGUGGCUGGAAAAGCUGAUCCGGAAAUGCCGAAGAGGAUGUACAUACAUCCGGACUCGCCGAGUAGUGGGGACCAGUGGAUGCAGAAGGUUGUGAGUUUUCACAAACUCAAGCUGACAAACAAUAUCAGCGACAAGCACGGCUUUGUAAGUACUACGAUAUUGAAUUCCAUGCACAAAUACCAGCCGAGGUUCCAUCUCGUCCGAGCCAACGACAUCCUCAAACUCCCUUAUUCCACGUUUAGAAGUUAUGUUUUUAAGGAAACGGAAUUUAUCGCUGUGACUGCCUAUCAAAACGAAAAGAUCACGCAAUUGAAGAUCGACAACAACCCCUUUGCGAAAGGAUUUCGGGAUACCGGCGCGGGAAAGCGCGAGAAAAAAAGACAAGCGCUGUUGUCGGUCUCAGGAGGAGGAUCUCGAUUAAGUUCUGGUGCUCCAGCUUCUCCAGAGAAGCGGCGCUCAUCCAACUCCGGAAACGACCUUAUGGACGAUGACGAUAAGCUCCUGGACGUGGUAGGACCUGAUACACCUCACCCUGCUCAUCAUCAAAGAGAACGUGAACAUUCUAGAGACAGGGACGACCGAACGAGUGAGCGAGGGGAAGGUAGUGAUUCCUCAGGAUCAGAAAGUGGCGGCACAAUGGGUCAAGCGACGGCUUCGGAAGGACCAAGGCCGGACGUUUCGGUCGGACCUCCCCUUCAUCCACCGCUCUUGCCCUACCUUUAUCCUCCGGUACCGGGGCUCUAUCCGGGUCCAGGGCACCUGAUACCUCCGAAUCCUCUGGGUCUCCACGGCGGAGUCACCCCCGGAAUGAUCUUUAAUGCCCAGCUAGCCUUGGCAGCUUCUCAGCAUCCAGCGCUCUUCGCUCAUUACCCCCACCCCCUCGCGAGUCCACUCCAUCAGCUCAAGGGUCAUCGCUUCGCACCUUACACACUUCCUGCAUCCUCGCACGGAUCUGCGUUCGAAACCGUCACCCCAGGAAGUCGUACUCUCAGUCCAAGAUCACCACCUCCAAGGCCACCUACUGGGUCUCCCACGCCAGGAAGUGGUAGUCUAGCUUCGGCAACAGGGGACCUGAAGUCUAUUGAAAAUAUGGUUAAUGGUCUCCAGGAGAAAAGGAGAAGAAGUCCUAGUCUCACGCCCGGACACAGGGGCGACGCAGAGGCUGGGGGAGGGAGUCCGUGACAGGAGAACGACCAUGUGACCAGUACAAAUUCUAAAUACCUCGAAGACGAGGAACGGGAUAAAUCGAAUUCGGAGGAUUCGCUGGACGAGGAGAGGGAUCUCGAGCCGGACUCGACGUCCGAACCUUCGUAGCCCUGGAGAAGAGUCUUUUCCGAGAGGGUUUUCUAGAGAAAGGAGUUGGACCCACUUGGUGCGAGGAUCCAGAAUAAGGUGUAGGAAGUCACGGUUUUCUUCAUCCGGAAAACGACGUUAAACUACAAAGUGCAAUUUAACGAGAUGGCAAGGAACCAGCGACAAUUAACGCUGUUCUCGACGUGAUGCCCGUCGUCGAAAAUCCGGGUGUUCGUGUGAGUGUAUAUAAAAAAUUAUACCGCGGUUUAACUAGAUUAUCAAAAUCAUCAGUGAAGAUGAUUUAUUCCGCGGAGAGAUGAACACUGCAAGGUGUCCUGUACAUUUACUCGUGAAAUAGAUAAAGAGAGUCGAAUUCUACCUGCGAAUACUUAGAAUAAGAGAAGCUAUUAUAACGAUAUUGCAAUAUAUAAAUGCACCUCCACUAUUUGCAGUCCCUGUACAUAUGUACCCUAGUGAUAUAUAUUAUAUAUGAAUAUAAAUACGACUAUCCUCUCUAUUAAUUAUUAAAUAUAUAUUAUUGUAUGGAUUAUUAGAGUAAUAACAAUCAACGCAGUAAGCGCACGCUCUUCGGAUGCGUCCGCGAGUCGAAAAUUUAUAUCGGUCCAUCUGUCGCGUCGGGACGUCACACGAAUAGGUACAAUUUCAUAAUCAACAUCCAUUUCUUUCGAGCGAGUGUCAGCUGCGCGGCAACUACAUGCGAACUCACUAAGCAGUGAAUGCAGAGCCAACUUUCUGUCAGUUUCGUUUACCGUACUAUUUUUCCAAGGCGGGUGUGUCUGUACUAAGAUGUUUGCGCCUUCGCUAACUGUUUGGCUCCUAUGAUAUAAAUUUUUCUUCCGUACUAAAUACUUGGUGUUUUGAAAGAUUAGAGCUGAAACUAAAUACUUGGCGCCUGUUUCAACUGAUGGAUACCAUUGCUGAAUAAUUGACGCCUGUUCCAAGUAACUGGCGCGGGUGCUAAAUACUUAAAUAAAUAAAUGGUGCUAGUGGUAAACAAUGGGCGCCACUUUCAAAUAAUUGGAACUAUAAAUAAUUUUAAUGUGACAAAAAGAAUAGUUUUUACUGAAAUAAAUCAUGGUGAAGAGUGCUCUGCAAUUCAGUAUUAUGAAUGAGUUUUCAGGUUAGGUUGGCGCAAAUGAUGACUACUCUUUCUUUGGCACCCUAUGACAACCUUUGCUGCGCUAAUCGCCAGAACUCGGGUUAUCAAUCCUGAUCCUGCUCAAAAAAAAAUAAUAAUUUGGAGUUUGAAUUUUUCGAAACAGGGAUUCACGAUUUCUCUUCUACCAAAGUGCUUGACAUUACUUUCAGCUCCCUUAUUUUCUAUCUAAUUAUUCUUUUAAAUAAAUAUUUGCAUUUUUUCGAAAUAGCAUUGGAUUUAAAAAAAUUUAUAAUCGUGGAUUCCCAGAUUUCAGAAAAGAAGGUUAAGUAAUCAAAACAGGCCAAAAAUGAGGCUAAUUUUGAGUAGGAUGUUUGAUGGUCCCGUCCAGAACGAUACUCGAAUUUCGUAAAUACUGAUUUUCGAGUCUUGCACUUAAGUGUCGUCAUGUGAUAAAAAAGCGAAAAGGAAGAUUCUCGAAGGCACAUGCUUUCCAUGAACCCUUUCCUUUUUCAUGAUUUUAUGAAUCGUAAUUUUCGAACAUUUACUCGUAAUUCGGAGUUGACUGUUCUUUCUUUUAACGUGAUUGGCAAAAUUAUCUUUCCUGUUUGUAAAAAAAGCAAUAAAAACCUAAGAAUCCCGGAAUUUAAAGAAGUCUUUCAUUACAUUUUUUCGUAUGCAACGUUUGACAUCACGUUGACAGAAAUGACAAUACGACUUGUAAAUUGUAUAAAAAGUAGAAGUUUCUGUAGAUUAUUGCAAAUCAUGUAAUAGGACGUCGGUUACAUCUUCAAUCAACUUGCGUAAGUCUUCUUAGAGAAUACACAUCUAACAAUCGCGCAUUAUACUCACAAAUAUAUAGAAACAAACAGAAAUACACAAACACGGCAUAGAAAAACACUGUGCUAAGAGCAGAAACAGAGUAAGUUGAAUUUCAGAUACUAAAGUCUAUCAUUUGUAU